AUGCAGAUAAACCGACUCCAAAGAUGGAGUAAUGAGAAUCAACGCCAAGGAACCGGCCCGUACAUCAAACUCUGGACAUUGGCGUUGCGCAAGAGGGAACAAAGCCGCCUUGACAAAGAAGGAGGCGCAGCAGAAGAGGGCGAAGAUGAGGCUCUAGAGGCACCAAACAGUUCGGCCGCUCCCGACUGGAUCAUUCAACGUCUGGGUACUGGAUACACGACGGAGCAGAUGCUCGAAGUUGCAGACCGCCUUUACCUAGAAAUCGAGAAUGGCACUCUUGGCCAGGUUCCCGGGGUCGAGUUUUUACCUGACAUUACAGAGUCAGAGGCGGGAAACAUAGCGAAGCUAGUCAGAAGCCGCAAACAGGCCCGCACAGCUGCUCCUGCAGUGGAAGCCAAGGCCUCCAAGCGACGAAGUUCUGAGGAUGCAGAUUGCGUCAGCCAUGGAGAACCCUCACUUCUCAUUCAGCAUGACGCAUCUGAAUCUAUGAACACUCCGCGGAAGCGAAUCCGCCUCAGUCCUCUUGGGGCAGACUUCCCCCAGCAUCCCCUUCGGACUCCCCUUCCAUCGACUGUGCCGUCUUACGCCACUAGCAAUGUGCUUGCGUCUUCGGCUGGCGCUGAGUCGUCCGUACCACGCACCUUGCCUACGGCCCCAAAGGCCCAGGUGUCAUCUCCUGGGCAUUCCCAAGGACCUAUCGCGCACACGUAUGGGCUCUCGUCUAGCGAAUAUCGACGCCCUAAUGGCUUCGGCGGGCUUUACAGCCAUGAUCAACAGCAACAUCCGGUUCAGUACCGUGCGGGUACUGAAUCUUUUCUUCAAAGAAAUAGAGAUCCCUACUACCAUCAGAGACUGCCAUCCAUUGCUCAUCUGGCGGGAGCCAGCGAUCUCCAGGGUUCGGAUAUGGCAAUUCCACCGUUUAGAGGCUCUUGGGCAUCGAUUAAUGAGGACCCCAACAUGCCACGAGUCCCUCGCUUGCGAUCUUAUAGUGAUAAUAUCCCAACGAGCCAGCCCAUGUUGGAAUAUCCUCGACCAAGUUCAAGUGGCACCUCGCAGUUCGGCACAACGUACUUUGAUAACAGAGCCGCGGCCUCUUUGACCCAUGAGCAGAACCCUCGUAGCUACUCUCGAGAGCACUGGCCCGAGUCGAGCCAUGCCUACGCUCCAGCCUGGCCCCAAAGAUCAAGCGCCCAGCAACAACAUCAUUAUUACGAUCAAGUAACACGCCCUCAGCUGGACAGCCUACGAGCUCCAACCUACCUUGGUCAGGCCAAACAACGUCCCUCAGCCGAGAGAGUUGAAUAA